AUGCAUCACCAUUCGCAGCCGUCGCUCCUCUCCCAGCCAUCGCCUUUCUCCCAUCCGGCAGCCUCAUUGAUGGCCUCCCUGCGGCUCUCCUCUCCCAUGUAUGGCCCCCUCAGCCUCUUCCGUAUCCUCUCCUUUUCGUGCAUGCUUGUUCUUCCUCCUCCCUUUGUGUGCUCUCUGUCUCCAGUUCCCUCUCUCUGCCUUACUUCUCUCUCAUGCGUUGCCCACAAUUGCACCUCACCCUUUCCCAUCUGCAUGCGCUGUCCCGCCUUUGCCAUGCAUAUGCUGUCCAUUUGUCAACCCCGGCAGCUGCCAGCUGUCGCGCUCUCAUUCGUGGACCGCCACUGGAGUGGCAGCUCCCCAGGUACCGUGCGAGGCAUGGCAUGGGUCAUGGGGGAACUCGUGACUGCGUGUGCUGCUGGUGGUGCCGAAGCGGGUAGGGGAGCAGGACAACAGACAGCAGCAGCAGCAGCAGCAGGAGUUGAGGAGGGGGGUAAGGCUGUGAGGGAGGCUCUGCUGAGGGCAGGCGCCGUGUGGGCAAAGCAGUGGAGUGCUGUGCCGGCAGAGCAUGGGAACGGAGCUGCUGAGCUUUAUGUAUGA